AGUUAACUUUAUGCAGAAGCUAAACAGGUCUCCGAUGGAGAAGCUUAUUAGGCCUUGCAACAAAGAAUACAUGAGGAUGGCCAUGCUAAAACACGAAGAAACUUUCAAAGAGCAGGUAUACGAACUUCACCGUUUGUACAGGAUUCAGAUUAUACUGAUGAAAAAUAUGGAAGCCAGCAGAGGUAUUGAUGUAAACCAACGAGGAUGGAGCUUUAAGAAUGCAAUUUUUGGUAAAUUCAAGAAUGCAAUUAGUUUAACUCAAGGUGGUCAUAAAAAAGGUGCACAGAAAAAUCCUAAAAUGAACAUUGAUUUGGAAAAUCCUGCUAGGGAGGACAUUGCAGAAUCAGACUGCGAUGGAAAUCUAGAGAUCAUAAAUGAGACCGAGAUUGAGCUGACACUAGGCCAUUCAAGUUACAACAGUUAGUAAGUCGAAACACCACUAACUUCAUAUUCAGGAUAUAGCUUGUCUUCUUCUACUGGACCCAACCUUAUAAACAAGACAAAAUGCAGGACCCAUCAUAGCAGUCAUGCAACUAGAGAAGAAUUAAGUGGAGGCAUAAUAGAUCUUGUCCAUGUGCCACAUUCAACCUCAGGGUGUCAAAGUGGAAUUAGAAACGGUUAUGAUAUUGAAGAACAAUCAAGACA